AGCCUUAUUGUGACUGAAAUCAUCACAGUUAGUAUGCCCUUCCUUGUUCUUGAGAUUGGCACCAGGAUGCCCAGCAGACGCGCAGUCUCAAAUCGCUAAUAUAAAUCGGGAUAGUAUUUAUACAUGCAAUGUAUUCCCAUCUUCUCCCAAACUUAAAACCUUUUCUCAACCAUAAUGUCACGUAAAUGCCAUGGAGCGGUUGCUCUACUGAAUUGCUCAGGGAGUAACAACAGGAAAAAGUCCGUCUUCAGUACAUCCAUACAUCUUAGGUUUCUGUGGCUGUGUGGUAAACACCAUGACCGAAAGCAGUUUGGGGAGGAAAGGAUUGAUUUCAGUUCCUAACUCUCGGCUUGCACUCCAUCGCUGGGGGAAGUCAGUGGGGAAACUCAAGGCGGAGACCGGAAGUAGUGAACUGAAGCAGAGGCCACGCAGGACCUUUGCUCCCUGGCUUGCUCAGUUUGUUUUCUUUUACACCCCAGAAUCCUUCUCUAUCAAUCAUUGGUCAAGAAAAUGACCCUUAAUCCCCGAAGAGACAGUCAGAUCUGAGAGUUGGAAGCCACAGUCUGGCCUACACAGUGAGCUCCAGGACAGCCAAGGAUACAUAGCGGGUCCUGUCUUCAGGACAAAAAACUGGAAAGGACUUUUUAAAAAUUAAGAGCAGCUUUCACCUGUGCCUCCUGACCCCUCUUUCUCCGUUUCAGACAUGUCUAGGAAUCAGCUUGAACAGAAGAAACCACUAGAUUCUUUUGUCUGGGUAAAUGAAAUCACUGGCGAAGUCACGCUCCCUCCAGGGGAGGAGACCACACUUGCAGCCUCUGGAGAGAAGCAUCGGGUGACGUCGGGGCCUCCGCCUGGGGGCACGCCCCCCGCGCCGGUGGCUGCACACAGACCAGCCUCCCCAGCGACCCCCGAGGCUAACCCCUGGGCAGGAAACUUCUUUCUACCCAGCUCUGCCGUGCCCCACCCCCGCAUGUUGUACCCGCCAGGGGGCGCUCUGCCUGUGCAGCGGAGGCAGCAGCACCACCUGCGAGCACACCCUUCACUGACUGUGACGCUUCCAGCCAGCCCUUCUCCGCCCAGGGCUCUGCCCGGUAAACUGAGGAACGCCCUGACUGGAAACAACCGGUUUUCUUUUUGAGCUAGCAGCGCUCCUCGGGCCUUUCCGUAGAGCAGCUGGCAGCAAUCUGUGAAGAUCCCAUCAGACCCACCCCAGAAGCACAGAUUUAACUGGAACCAGCAAAAAACUCUUUCAGACCCAAUACAAACUUUUCUGAGACUUUUACAGACUGCCUCGUAUGACUCACAUUACUUCCUCUGCUGUCUUGACACUUUGCGGGUGAAUACCGCCAUUCUGGUGGUGGAGUCAU